UUCAAACGCGAAAGCAUUUGAAUUGCUGUCAAUCCUCGUUUUGUUUACAUUGUUGGAGCCACCCCCUAACAAUGGAUACUAUCGAAAUAGAAGAUUUCGAUUACGGGGAGCUCCGGAAUGACACGGCUUUUAUCAACAAAAACGAAACCCUGUCGGAGUGCAUCGAAAAAAUCAGACAGAAUCUAGCUGCUGCCCGGGAGGACUACAAAAAGUACGAGGGCUUCACGGUCGACGAGAAGGUGAAAUAUGAUUUGCACCUCUCGUACAGUGUCAAUUCACUCUACUGGAUGUACCACAAGAUUAUCGGACUCGACCCGAACAAACAUGGCAUCAAGGAUGAGCUCGCUCGCAUCAAGGCAGCGAUGCUACGCGAGAAAGAAAUCUACGACCACAAGUACAAUCGACCAGUGCUGGACCAAGGAGCGGCCAAGCGCUUUGUUCGGGCAGGGCUGUACGAUCACAAAAAUCGAGACAAACCGGAAGGCAGCGAGCCGCCACCGAACAAAAAGAUUCGGUUCGAGGAUUGAAGGGGCUGCCCCCUGAUUCUCAUCCCUGGGUACAAAUUUCUUACGCUUUGAAAUUCCAACCCCCGUUUAGUGUUAAGUUAAGUCUAUCCGGAAUACCUCUAAAUGCCAAGAACGCUUUAAGGCUAGAAUAUUAGCGGAGAGAAUGAUAUCCAUAUAUUAACCAGAGGGUUGUAAACUGUUGGAAGUUAAAUUAUCCUAUUCGUUAUCCUCAAGUAAAACACACACGAUUUGUUGACAGCAAGAAUCACUUAUGGAGCUAUUUUGCAAUAAAUAGAUUUGAAUCUACAUGUCAGUUUCA